CAGAGAGAGGACAGUAGAGCGGUUCAGCUGAUCCUGUGUAUGCUGCAGCAUCCCUGCAACCAUGGCUAGACUGUCCCUUGCAGCAGUGGGCCUGCUGCUUCUCCUAAUGCUGGCCCUGGUGCACAGUGCCAGGGCGGCAUCGAGGAAGCCCAAAGUACUGAAGAGGCGGAAGAGAGAGUGGAUCCUUCCACCUGCAAAGCUGUAUGAGAACCAGGACUACACCAAAAGGGAAUUCAUUGCCAAGAUUCGCUCUGAUUUGGACACCAAGGAAAAGGUGGAGUACUUUCUGUCCGGACCAGGAGCUGACAAGGUGCCGAUCAACCUGUUUAGGGUUGACCGUGAAACUGGCUUCGUGCGCGUCACAGACAUCCUGGACCGUGAGAAACAGCCUUUCUACAAUCUAACAGGAGUUGCUAAAUACACCAAUGGGACCCCAGCAGAGGCUGAUAUCCCACUGAUGGUCACAGUCCUGGAUAAGAAUGACAACCCUCCUUAUUUUGAGCUGCAUGUUGGUAACGUCACCGAGUCAAGCAAAAAAGAGACGUUUGUCAUGCAGAUCGAGGGUAAGGAUGAUGACCAAGCAGGUACCAUCAAUUCAGACAUCGCUUACACCAUCAUCAGUCAAGAGCCAGCGGGCACCGGGCAUAUGUUCAGAAUUGAGAAAAAGACGGGCAAGCUCUAUGUCAAAGAACCCACACUGGACAGAGAGACGCAUGACUUCUACAAACUCGUUAUACAAGGAGUUGAUAUGGGAGGGGGCCCAAAGGGACUUACAGGCACAGGGACUGUGGAGAUCAAGGUCCUGGACAUCAAUGACAAUGUCCCCACUCUGGAGAAGAAAGAGUAUGACGGCACAGUGGAUGAAAAUGUCGCUGAUGUUGUUGUGAUGAGAAUCAAAGCUAUUGACAAAGACCUUGAACACACCGACAACUGGCUGGCUGUUUUCGAUAUUGCUAAAGGAAAUGAGGAUGGGCUCUUCUCCAUUGAGACAGACAAAGAAACCAAUGAGGGUGUCCUGAAGCUGAUCAAGGCUGUGGACUUUGAAGAAGUCCAGAAUCUGGAGCUAGGCCUGCUUAUUGAGAAUGUAGCUCCGUUUGUUGUGGGGCAAGCUGUGGCCAUGGAUGUGGAUGUUCAGGUCGGAGAGGGUGGAGGUGGGCUUGGUGUUGGAGGUGGCCCAGACCUAGGGUUGAAUGCUGGUUUGGGUCUAGAUGUGGAUUUGGGCCUUGAUGCAGGGCUGAAUGCUGGGCUGGAUGCUGGGCUGGAUGCUGGGCUGGAUGCUGGGCUAGAUGUUGAUUUGGAUGCAGGACUGGAUGCAGAACUGGAUGGCAAGCUUAAGCCUCAGGGAGGCGUUGGCCUUACGCCUGCAGCUGGUGGCAAACCUGGGCCUGGUCUUGGGCCUGGAGCAGGACUUAAGCCAGGUCCAAAGCCAGCAAAAAAGAAAAAGCCAAAGGCACCAGGCAAAAGCUAUCCAGUCAAGAUUGCAGUGAAAAAUCUACCGGAGGGUCCAGAAUUCAAACCCUCAACCAAGCCUGUUCCCGUGUCAGAGGACCCAAAUGAGAUGCCUGAGGAUGGAGUGAUUACAGUGUUUUCUGCUAUUGAUCCAGACAAUGGAAAACAAGCUGAAGACGUCACUUAUGCCAAAGCAUUUGAUCCAGACAACUGGCUGACCAUUGAUGAAGAAACUGCUGAGAUCAAACUCAACAAAGUACCAGAUCGAGAGUCAAAGUUCUUGAAGAAUGGUACAUACGUUGCCAAGAUUCUUUGUAUAACCAAAGAUAUGCCAUCCAAGACAGCCACGGGAACACUAGCCAUUCAGGUCGUUGACUCCAAUGACCACUGCCCCUCCCUGACAACCAACUAUGAGAAUGUGUGCGCCGAUGAAAAAACAGUUUAUGUCACCGGUUUUGAUGAGGAUGUCAAGCCCAAUAGUGCUCCGUUCAGCUUCAGGAUCGUGCCUGAAGGGACAAAAGGCAACUGGGAUGUAGAAGUAAUCAAUGAGACGACUGCAGCUCUUCAUUCUCAUGAGCCCCUGUGGCCAGGAGAGUAUGAGCUGGAGGUGGAGGUAAAAGAUGCACAGGGCCUCUCUUGUCCCUCCAAUGAGGUUUUCAAGGUGGAGGUUUGCACCUGUACGGACACCGGCGGCUGCGGCAUGACCAGGGCAGCGAGGCAACAAACCACAUCGUCCAAUUUCUCUGGCCCAGCUUUGGGGGCGCUGCUCUCAGCAAUGUGCUUACUGCUGUUCAUCCCUUUGCUGCUGCUGUUCUGCCAGUGUGGAGGAGCAAACUCCAUCUUCCCCGACCAAUUCACUGAUCUCCCCUUUGAUGCCACAGAGCACCUCAUAUCGUACCACACUGAGGGCAAAGGCGACGACAAGGAAGUGCCACUCCUAAGUGUGCCCCUCGCAACGGUUCCCCUGAAGAAUGUUGACACAGUACAGACACAGAAUAUCAAUUUAAAAUCUUCAAAAAUCACAGAAACUCUUCACAGAGAUACAAUUUACACUGAGUCAGGGGCCAGCCAUGGUUUUGCUGAAGUUGACAAACCCUAUGGAUCAUCAAGGGAUCCAUACAGCUUUGGCGCCAGCAGUACUACAUUCACCAGAUACACACAAGCCACCCGCAAUACCCUGACACAGGCAGCUAUUUAUGAUGAAAUAGCUCUACCUGACACUUUCCUCAAUGACUACUACUCACAGAAAGCACUGUGUGCCACACCAAUGAAGGACUGUCUGCUGGAGUAUGAUUACGAGGGCCAGGGCUCUCCUGCAGGAUCAGUCGGCUGCUGCAGCCUCCUGGAGUCUGACAAUGACCUCCAGUUCCUAAAUGACCUCGGGCCAAAGUUCAAGACCCUAGCUGAGAUCUGCUCUCCUCCUAAACCUGUUCCUGUCAAGCUGUUCUCGCCACCCAAAGUGGAAAGCAUUGUCAAAACCACAGCUGGUCGCAUUGUUGAACCUCCUGUUAAGCCCAAAACGGAGAGCAUUGUUAAGACAACACGUACAGAUGUGAAAACUGAGAAGGUUAUCUCUGCCACUAAUGUUAACAUUUCCAAAUCAUCUAUCAGCACUAACCCACCAUCAAACAUUCCCCCACCACUACCUUCCUCCAAGGUAACUAGCAUCAGUCAUUCCUCUGCUAACAUCAACCAACCUGCUCCUCUGCCCCCCUCUGGCCAGACACUCCUACUACAGCAGCAGCCGAUGUACUACACCACAACCCCUGUGGUACAGCCCAUGCACUACAUAGUUCAACCACAGCUUCAGAACACUGUGCUGUUGGCUAAUGGGGCCCAUGGAGCCAAUUUCCCAGGCCUAUUUGUUGUCAAUGCACCCCAGAAUUCCCCUCCUGGGAUGAUUAUUCAGGGCAUCAAGAGCCCUAAAAGUUCCACAAGUACUGCCAGCAUUACCAGCCCAGUCAGCCCAGUCAGCCCGGUCAGCCCAGUCAGCCCUGUCAGCCAAGUAAGCCCGGUGAGCCCGAUGGGCCCCACGAUGGUACUUACUGGGCCUCAGGGCUCCAUCCCCAUGGGUGGCUGGCAAGUAGUGGGGCCAGCUGCUGAUGGCAACUACGUGCUAACAGAGAGCAAGAUUAGUUCAGAUGAGGCACAGGGGUUGACCCCAGGUUCAUCUCGGGGCACUUUGCCCAGAGGUGCUAUCCUGGUGAAAGAGGCUGUUCCCCCUCAGGGGGUGUUAGGCCCAGCAGCCCAGAGCAGUGUGUAUGGCAUUCUGCCAGGACACACUGUGACUCAAGGUGGGGGAGUAGUUUUAGUAAAUAGAAAUUUGGGGCAAAGUUGGGCUGGGCAGCCGGGGCAGAUUAGGUCAGAGUCAGUCACGUUGGCAAGUGCUGGUGUCGGGCAGCCAAGAAUGGGGCAUGUGGUAGCAGUGGAGCCAGAGGUCAGACAUCCUGGACUGUGGCCAGCUGGGUUGAGCCCAACAGGGAUUAGCCAGGUUAGUGUGAACCAGUUAGUACCAGGAGCUCAAGAACCUCCUCUGCUGGGGCAAACACAGGGUGCCAGUGGCAUCCCAACAGCAGCUAGACUAGAUUCACCAAAAAAUGAAAAGACCAUUAAUCUUGUGAAAACCUUUACCUCUAAAACUUGUGUGUCUCCAAAUGAAGGGGAUAUGAGGAAAGCGCUGUGUGAAGACUAUAGUGAACCAGGUAAGAAAAUGCAUGAAGAUAAAGUUCAGGAAAAGCUCCCAGAAGAUAACAUUACUUCCAUGUCUGAGCAUGAUGCAGUACAGGAUGUUGAGGAGCCUAGUCAGGCAGUCCAAAAUGCACUGAAAGGCCUUGAGACCAGCGCCUCCAAGAGCCCAGAUUAUCCAACAGAAACAUCAGAACAUUCUCUGGUCCAGAAGAGUGAGGAGAGCGUUUUGGAAUUAUUACCAGAACCAGAUGUAGAAGUCAAAUCAUCUGAACAGUCCGAUGCACUGACAGAGAAACCAAGAGAAGAGAGUACUGACCUUUGCCUUACAGUAAAUGAAAAUAUGUCAGAUCAAUUGAACAAAAUCACUGACACUCCAACUGAAGAAUUCACAGAGACGACAACUCAGACAACAGAACUCAGUGUUACACAAGAGAAUGCAGAAGACAAGGUCCUUGAAUCAGAACAACAGGACCACAGUGUCCCCUCUGAAGAUUUUUCUGAUGACGUUGGGUCAAUGGUUGCCCAGAUGUCCACCAGGGAGCCUUCCCUAUCUGGAUCAGAUGUCACUGAUUUGGUUGAUACAGACAAAGUCAAAGAAGAGACAUCAGUGUCAUCUCAGAAGGAGGAAGAGAUUUCUAUCAUAGAGCACACUGAAACAUUAGAAAGUCAAAUAAGUGAUGACAGUGGAGACUUUGGGGGUAGAGAGGAAGCAGCAUCUUUGACUGAAGAAGAAGCAAAACCUGAUCAGCUCAACAUUACUGAAAGUCCAAAUGACAUACGUCCUGAUGUGGAUGUGGGCCCUCAUUCAGAUCAACUCACAGGGGACCAUGCUGACAGUGAGCAGGGAGAGGAGAUAAAUCCAACAGAUGGAGUAAUACCAGAAUUGGAAACAAAACAGAACAUUGAUACCAAUACUCAGACAGAGGAGGAUAUGGAGGAAAUGGUUACUUUGUCACAACAAAAUAUGUCCUCACCAUGCAGCAUCACUGAUGCACAAGGAGAGGUUAACGUUGAGGAGGAGCAGAUGUUAGAGUCUGAAGUGGAGGUAAAUACAACAGAUACUAUAGAUGACUCCCACGAUGGCCGCUUUCCUGUUGAGGGUGUGACGCCAGAAGUGCAGCUGGAUAGUGAUGUUGGCAAUAACGUCAGUGAAGGCGAUGCAGAGGGAGAUAUAGCUGAGGAGGAUAGAGCUAAAGCAUCGCACCAAUAUCUGCUGGCAGUGAACAGUGUCUCAGCUGACCAGGAAGAAGGAGAUGAAUUUGACCAGAAUUUGGCAUCAGCAUCUGUUGAAAUCACAGAUGAUGAAACCACUGAAGAGGGUUCUUAUGCACAAACGAUGUCAGCAUCAGAGCAACAGCAGCACAACGACCCUACUGUUCAGGAGACUUUAAUGUCGGAGUCAGACACAGACCAGGAUCAGCUCACAUCAGAUGACAACACAGGUGGUGUUGAGAAAGAGGAGGAUUUGAUUGUGGAGAGGGUGGCAUCAACAAUACAACAGAAUUUCAGUCUCUCCGAUGACCAAGAUGAGGAGAGUGAAGAAGCUGCACCAGGGAUGAGUGAUCAAGUGGAGGAGGAAGACACCACGUCUCACCAGCCCUUUGAAGAAGAUCCUAGUUCUGUAGAGACUGACUGUUCUCCCAAGGAAGGUUUUCAUUCUCAGGAGGAGGCAACAUCACAGGUCACUGAAACACCAGAAAUGGAGGAGGAUGAGGGCAUCAACUCCUAUCAGCUGUUAGAGGAGGACUCCAACUUGGUAGAGAAUGAGUGUUCUUCUGAGGAAGGUCUUUACUCUGCUGAUCAAAAUGCAGAGAUAAAUCAGGAGGUGGCGACAUUACAGGUGAUAGAAACACCAGAAUUGCCUGAUGAAACUAGCACCGAUGUAGUGAGGCAAUGGGUGGAAUCUUGUGGGCUAGAAGACACAGAGUUAGAGGGAGAUGCCGAUGUGGAGAGUUUGGAUAAUGAGGUCAGACCUUCAGAGGAAUUUAGAUUAUCCCAAGAGGCCACAGGACAAGUUUCUAAGUUGAGCGAGGGCAGAGACACCAGUGACAGUCCACUAGCAUCUGGCCAAGCAGCUGAGGAAGAAAGAAUUUAUCCUGAAUAUCAGAAUGCACAAAUUACCAGCAGUGACUAUACAGGUGGAUCUCAACAUAGCGAGGGUGAGAGCGGAGAUCUUACUGUUGAAACAGAUGAGGCGCUCAAUUUGGAACAUGAGAAUAGGGAUAGUCCAGAAGUCUUGUCAGCAAUCCAGUCAACACAAGAAGAAUCACAGGAAUUAGAUCGUUCUAAGGCUGCUGGCCAGGUAUCAGCAGUCACUGACUCGCAGUCCGAAAAACUGGAGCAGAUUGCAUCCUCAGUGAUGGAAGCAGAAACAGGUUCAGUGGGGAAAGAGGCUACAGGCUUUACUGCAGUGGGGGAACUUACUGGGGAGACUGAUUACCUGAACUAUGUUGUAGAUGAGAGUGGGAAUUUGGCUGAAGAAGAAGCAGGGAUAGAAAUUGUAUCACCAGAGGCGACAGGUGAACAGGCCUCAGCCAUAGGCGAGGUGAUCGAGCCGGAGGUGGUCUCAGAGCUCAGUGUGGAGGCUACUGGUAGUUUCUCUCCGAGUGAUGUGGCGACCGCUGGGGCAACCAGUGAAGCUUCCGAACAGCUACAAACGGUAAUGAGCCAAACUCCCCGAAACAAAUCCAGAAAGAGUAAAAAGGACUCCAGCAAGAACUUGCAAAGCCCAAAAAGCCCAUCUGCAAAAUGUAAGCAACAGUGAAACUCACCCCCAGCAUCACCCACAGCCAGUCUCUGAUCACUGUAACGUUUUCCUGUCAGUGACCAAUGCUGACACCAGAAUUUCAUUUGAACAAAUUCGAUUGAAUCUGUCUCAGUUGCUGGGAAUGCAAUACGCAUCUCUGUUGCAGCCCCACUUUGUUACAAUUUUUAGAUGAUUACAUUCUUGCAUAAAUAUUUUGGAUUGUAUUUUACUGCAGCUUUAACGUUUA